ACUGUGUGUUUGGACCCAACACGACCGAACAAACGGAGUCCUUAUCCGACCAGCCCGGACGUCUCCAAAAUUUCCAAAUCCAUCCGUAGAAUCUCAUCUCCUUCUGCACGCUUUCCCUGAGGAGUCGACGGCGCACGCAACCUAUAUAUACACCUUCCCUUGCGCCGUAAGAAAAGCCUCGUGAGAUCAUCGCCUCGUCGCCGAUCGUGGUGUCCGCAUGCAGCCGGCCGAGAUGGAUUCGCCCGCCCGAGAGAUGCAGGAGAUGGACGAGUUCGUGCUGGUCCCGCACGCCGCGGACCUCUGGUCGUACCAACUCGACGAGGACGACGAUGCCCACGAGAGCGAUGCGCGCUUCUUCGCCGGCAACGACGAGAAGACGAUCGACGUGAACCACUUCGCCUCCGAGCCCACGCCCAACGCCGCACUGCAGUGCGCCACGACGGAGCCGCCGGCGCCGUCCGGCUCUGACUCUGAGAGCGAGGACUCAGUUGCCGACGAGGAGGAAGCGGUCGACGGCCUGUCGGAGAAGGCGUCGGAUGCUGACGAGGACGGGGAGGUGGUUGUUGCAGAUCAGGAGCCAGAGUGCAAGGAGUGGGAAGGCGAUCACGGCCACGGGUGGCAGCAGCACGCGGUCGGCGUGAUCUGCUCCGUGGGGCUGGCGGCGGCGGCCACCGGCCUGGCACUGCUUCUCGGCGGCCAGCAGCAGACGCCGCACAAGGUCCACUUCCGGGCCGCCGGUGGUCGCAAGGUGACUAAGGUUUCAGCAAGGCGAGACGCGAGGCUAGAACAGGGGAUGUCGGUGCCGCGGUUUGAGCAUGCGCCGGCCAUGAUCUCAUUCGGGGGUUCCUACGGCGGGCACCUGUUUUGAUGGGAUCGUGUGCCUAUCGAUCGUGUCGUGCCCGUGCAGAACUCUGGUCCAUAUUACCAUGUUACGUUAGAAAUUAGGAAGCAAAUUCGUCGACUUGAUAGAAACAAGGGUAAUUUUGAACGCAGUUCGGUCUGUAUUUUGGUGCUUAUUACAUGUAACCUGGACACAGCCCGCCGUGAAAUUAAUGAUGCUCCAGAAGGUGGAAAUAAACACAAUGGUGAAAGCCAAGGGCAUCUCCAACCCUGAUCCAUAAAGCGGACACUGUUAUUUAUCCGCGGACAAUGAUACAGAAGCCGGCUAUCCAAUCCCGUUUGUAUACAUUUCGAAUGAGAUUUGAGCAAACUAGACGACUUUUAUAUAAACGGAUAAACCGGAUGAUUUUCAUUUAAA